GUCCGCUGGAGCAUCAACUUUGGUGCCGAGGAGAAUGGAACCGACGUGGCUGAGUUGGGGAGGUGGAGCUAAGACUGAAGGGGUGGGAAGAAUUCCAAGCGGAGACGCAGCUGGAUGGCAGGGGCAUCCCGGAGCUCCCCGGUGUCGCAUGGUCAAGACCAUAAGAACUGUCUGGCUGUCAUAGUCCAGAGUUCCAUCCAGUCCAGCAUUGUGUCUACAACAGAGGCCAGCCAGAUGCUUUUGGGAAGCUCCCAAGCAAAAGAACUUUCUCUUGUUUGUCAGUAGCCUCCGGGAUCAACCAGCCAGGCUGGGGCUGCCCAAGAUGGUGAGGGGAAGGCUACUUUUUCAUGGUCCACUCUCUUUUUUGCUGCUCUCCUUUGCUUGUCAAGCUGUUGGUGGAGCCAGCCCCCUGUGUGAAAAAGAACCAGAGUCCUGGGGGACCAUAUUCUCUGAAGAACGCCUUGAUGCCUGGAUCUGUUCUCUGAUUGGUUCGGUUAUGGUUGGACUGAGUGGUGUUCUUCCCUUGCUGAUCAUUCCUCUUGAGUCCGGAGCAGCUCUAAAGACAGAAGAGGGAUCCCAUCGAAUGAAGCAGCUGCUGAGUUUUGCUAUUGGUGGGCUCCUUGGGAAUGUGUUUCUGCACCUGCUCCCUGAGGCCUGGGCUUACACCUGCAGUGCUGCCGCAGGGGGAGGACAGAGUUUUCAGCAGCAGAAGCUUCUGGGGCUCUGGGUCAUUAUUGGUUUGCUGACCUUCCUGAGUUUGCAGAAAAUGUUCCCAGACCAUGAAAAGCAAGAGUGCUCCAGCUUGGUCAGUGAUUCCAAGGCACCUGCCCAAAGGGUUCCAAAUGGAAGUAGCUUCUCCAUUCAGGAUGGGGCCAAUGCAGUCCACAGAACAAAGAUGGGCAUGGCUCAGUGUAAUGGUUCUUCUCACCCCUCUUCGCUAUCAGCCAAGAAGAUCAAGAUCAGUGGAUACCUCAAUCUUUUGGCCAACACAAUCGAUAACUUCACUCAUGGGCUUGCAGUGGCAGCAGGCUUCCUAGUCAGCAGAAAGGUCGGGCUCCUGACCACCAUGGCAAUUCUUCUGCAUGAAAUACCCCAUGAGGUGGGAGACUUUGCUAUCCUCCUUCGUGCUGGGUUUGAUCGCUGGAGUGCAGCCAAGUUGCAACUUUCUACAGCCCUAGGAGGAGUUCUAGGUGCUUGCUUUGCAAUUUGUGCUCAGUCACCUAAAGGGACAGGGGAAACCAUCGCAUGGAUUCUUCCAUUUACCUCUGGGGGAUUCUUGUAUAUCGCCUUGGUGAAUGUUGUUCCUGAUCUCCUGGAGGAGAAGAAUCCCUGGAACUCGGUGCAGCAAGUUCUCCUCCUGUGCACAGGCAUCACCGUCAUGGUGCUUCUCUCUCUCUCUGCAGAUUGACUGCUACACUGGCUGCCUUCUGCUGCUCCCUUGAGAUGCCUUCAUUCUGAGCAGUUACAAAGCAAUAAGGGACACUCAUGGAUUUUGUUUCUUUUCAUUGUAUACCUGUAGCUCCACUUGCUGCAAUAUGUGGCAAAUGAGGAAAGGUAUAUUAGAAAA